GUUAGAUUUAUUAUAAUAAUUUUACUUUAUAAUAAAAAUUGAUAUAAACCAUUUCUCGUCCCAAAAUUAUAUUGAUAUUCCAAAUGGCUACAGCGUGAGCUCGUUGUCUUUUUACUGCGUGCAGGAUAUUUCCGAAAGCUCAUAACCGAAGCUUCAAUGGCAACGAGAUACUGGGUGGCCUCUCUUCCGGUUCAGAACUCCGCUUCUUCUCUCUGGAACCGAUUGCAAGAGCAAAUCUCCAAGCAUUCCUUUGACACUCCUCUUUACAGAUUCAAUGUUCCCAAUCUCCGAGUUGGAACCCUAGAUUCUCUCCUCUCCCUCAGCGAUGAUCUGGUAAAGUCGAACAGCUUUGUGGAAGGGGUCUCACACAAGAUCAGGCGUCAGAUCGAGGAACUGGAGAGGGUAUCGGGCGUGGAGAGCAAUGCUCUUACCGUGGACGGAGUACCAGUUGAUUCUUACCUCACCAGGUUUGUUUGGGACGAAGCAAAGUACCCGACCAUGUCACCCCUGAGGGAGAUUGUGGAUAGCAUUCAUGGUCAAGUAACAAAGAUCGAGGAUGAUCUCAAGGUUCGCGUUGCUGAAUAUAACACUGUGCGCAGCCAGCUUAACGCUAUAAACCGAAAGCAAAGUGGAAGCUUAGCUGUGCGUGAUCUCUCAAAUCUAGUGAAACCUGAGGAUAUGAUUACCACAGAACAUCUAGUGACUCUCCUUGCGAUUGUUCCAAAGUAUUCACAGAAAGACUGGUUGGCCAGCUAUGAGACUCUGACUAACUUUGUGGUCCCCAGGUCCUCCAAGAAGUUGUACGAGGAUAAUGAAUAUGCUCUUUAUACUGUGAUACUCUUUCAUCGUGUUGCAGAUAAUUUUAGAACAAGUGCACGUGAAAGAGGGUUUCAAAUUCGUGAUUUUGAAUACAGUCCAGAAGCACAAGAGAGUCGGAAGGAGGAGUUAGAAAAAUUAAUGCAAGACCAGGAAAGAUUAAGAAGUUCUCUUUUGCAGUGGUGCUAUACUAGCUAUGGGGAGGUAUUUAGCUCCUGGAUGCACUUUUGUGCAGUACGAGUUUUUGUAGAGAGCAUUCUGAGAUAUGGUCUGCCACCAUCUUUCUUGGCAUGUGUUUUAUCUCCAUCUGUAAGAAGUGAGAAGAAAGUAAGAUCAAUCCUUGAAGGGUUGUGUGACAGUGCAAACAGCUCAUACUGGAAAAACGAUGAUGAAGUUGGAGGAGGGAUUGCUGGUCUGGCAGGGGAUGCUGAUGGCCAUCCCUAUGUCUGCUUCACAAUCAGUCUGGCGUGAUCAGUGCUGAAUCUCAGUUCCUUGCUUCUUAAGAUGUCUUAGUGCAGGGAUAGCAACGACAAUGGACAGGCAUUGUAUAUUUGAUUUAGUGACCCAAUUCUUUGGUUGCUUAUUGGAGUUUCAGCUUUUGGGAGUUGCAAUUAGAGUUUUAAGCAUCAAGGGUGAAAUAUGUACGGAAGGUUUGGACUACAGAGAUUUUAUAACUUCUAUUUUAUGAGCUUUCAGUAUGGAUAUUUAAAAAGCGUGAAAAUAAGGGUGUUGGCGUA